CAAUGCAUCAAUCUCCAAGGUCCCCUCAUCUGCUAACCCCCGUUCCCCAACUCAUACCAUACCACGCCAUGGCCCCCCAAAAGCAGAGGGUAAUCAACCUUAGUGCUUUCCGCCGGAAGAAGGCCUCCAUCACCGACGAGGAAUUUCAAGAUUAUCUCAUCAAUAUUCACGGGCCGCGGUCGGCCGUCAUCCAAGCCCGGCAUGGCGCUCUGAAGGUCGUGCAGUACCACACCCCGAGAGCCAGCAAAAACCUCAUCCUUGAACAGAUCCCCUGGGCGAUCCAGCCCGGGUGGGAGCUGGACGACUACGAUAUCAUCGUGUCCGUAUACGUGCCGAGCAUGGCGGCGAUGGAGGCGAUCAUGACGGACGCGGAGUUCCAGCCGCUGUUUGCCGGCGAGGCGGCGGUGUUCGAGGACGGAGCAAGGAUGACGGCCGGGUGGGAGGAGGUGUUUGUCGAGGAUGGAAAGGUGUUGGCGACAGAUUCGGCUUAGAGCAAGACAGACACUGAGGGGCUUAAGAUGUAGAUCAAUAUCUCAUAUUCAGAACGGGGCAGUUUCUUCUGGUUACUCUGCAUGUGGUAGUAUCGGUGGCUUGGUCGCAAGAGAAUUGCCGUAGGUACAGUACAUUAAUCGGGCGGGUUUAAGGUAUAGGUGCCAGCAUCAGAGGGU